CCCGCCCCAAACGUCAGUUUGUUGCGGUGGAGUUCGGUUUGCUGUGCAAAACAUAGUUAAAAUAAUUCAAGGAAUAUUGUAGAACUGUUUUAUUUACUUCGCACAUGAAUGAGAACAUUUCUGGUGUUUAUUAGGUAACUGAGUGUAAAAAUUCGUGUUCGCAUGGAUUGAAUAGUGAACAUGUUGCCUCCUACGGCCGGUGUAGCUCAAGAACAACGCGACCGGACCGAAAUGGCGUACCAGCAACGUCGUGACGUACGAGAAAUAACGCGGGAGAUCAUCAGAGACGCCCGCGUCGCUAAUAGACAGCAGUCCAUGUCCCCUGGAGCUCGAGACCGUUUCCCGUCGACCUCUUCAACGGACGACAACGAGAGCGGUACGGAUGGCGAGGCCGAACGCAGCCGGCACGGCGGGCUGGUGUACGUCCAGGAGAGCUCCACGCCCCCGCAGAUUCCCGUGCGCAAGCGCCGAGGCAACCUGCCCAAGCACUCUGUUAAGAUUCUCAAGCGCUGGCUCUACGACCAUCGCUACAACGCCUACCCCAGCGACGCCGAGAAACUCACCCUCAGCCAGGAGGCCAACCUGACGGUGCUGCAGGUGUGCAACUGGUUCAUAAACGCGCGGCGGCGCAUCCUGCCGGAGAUGAUCCGGCGCGAGGGCCACGACCCGCUGCACUACACCAUCUCGCGGCGCGGGCGCAAGCAGCCGGGCGCGUCGGCCGCCGCCGGCGCCGCGCAGGGCGUCGUCGUCACCUGGGACGGCGUGGAGCUGGACAACGAGGGCGAGCGCGCCGCCGACGCCGACUACGGCGACGGGCUGCUGGUGUACCGCAGCGACGGCGACGAGAUCGCCGACGGGGAGGAGGGCUACUCGUCCGGCGCCGUCAGCGAGGAGGAGGUGAAGUACGACCCGUCCGUGUGGCAGUCGGUGAUCCGCUACGGGCCCGAGGACCGCGAGCUGCACCCCGCGGCGCGCGGCACGGCGGCCGUGGUGACGGUGCGCACGUCGGACGGCGACGAGCCCGACGAGGGCGGCGAGGGCGGCUCGGCCGGCGGCUGGCACCCGCAGCUGGCGCACCUGCCGCAGCUGCCGCACCCGCUGCGCCGGCGCCUGCACGUGCUGCCGGCCGACGCGCCCGCCGCGCCCGCCGCGCCCGACGGCGAGCGCGACAAGUUCAAGUGCCUGUACCUGCUGGUGGAGACCGCCGUGGCCGUGCGCCAGCGCGAGAAGGAGCAGGAGGAGGUGCCCGUCUAGUGCCCCGUUCCUGCUCGUGCCGGUCGAACUGAAACAUUCGGUGGCCCCCGUUGGAGCGACUCACUUGUCGCUUCGUUUCGAUCACUUAACCCCGCGUUAACCGACUUACACUUUAUCAUUGGAUUCAUGUUUGACACUGACAAAUUAAUAUUUAGUUCUUUUCUAGUCUACCCUGUCCUCGAAUUCGUUGCAACGUUUAAAGUGUUGGUGUAUAACAAAAAAAUAUAUAACGCAUAUGGGUGUGCUUUUAUGUAAGGCCUUGUACACGUGAGGCGCGCGCGUAGGAAAUAGAGCACACGAUGUGCUUGGACCGCUGUACUCUUGACUUGCAUAUCAUUCCCCGCAUAAUUCGAUUCAAAAUGUCUUAUUGCAAUGUAAAUAAUUCAUCCUCAAAAUUAGACAUUUACAGGAGACCGUUUUGUAAUUGGGUUACUAAAUGCACAAUGAAGCCAGUAAUACUUACGUGCACAACAUUGUCUCACACCGAAUCACGCAAAAUGCGGAUUGUGGCAUUUAAAAAAGAUGAACAUACAAUUGGAAAACAGCAACUGAACUAGCUCGCGUGCAAGAUAUUCUCCCUAGCUUAUAUCCUGCUUACGUCAGUUUGAAAACACCCAGUUACUCAUUAUUAUCAUAUUAUAAGAUAGAAUUAAAUAACCGCAUAUAGAGCUGCUUAACCUGUAGAUGAGUGCAACUGUUAUAUUUAUCUUAUUUACUGAGCAGUGUAUAAUGUAGUAUAGCGAACUACAUUUGUAUAAUAUAGUAUUACAAUGAUAAACAUAUGCAAUUAAUUUAGAACAAGAUUAUAGUGAUUGCGCAGUACGUCCGAUUUGUAUCAGGGGGUCUACUCACGACAUC